AUGAAGUGCACCAAAAAGCACUCCGUAUUUAUACUCCAACCAGUUUCUCCUGCAUCUCCCUACAGGAGGUUGUUCUACGAAGCUUUGUUAGUUUCUCCUACAGAACCAGAAAUUCCUAAUGCCAGUGUACUUGUAUUGAAGUCUGUCUCGCUUCAUAGAUGGGAUGGCACAAAAUUUGAUUCUUACAUAGUUGGUGUUGCUGGUGGUAGUGGAAGUGGAAAAACUAGUGUUUCAGAACGAAUAAUCACGAACCUAAAUGUACCAUGGGUAGUGGUUUUAAGCAUGGACUCUUAUUAUAAAGUUUUAACGCCUGAACAAAAGAUCGAGGCUUUAAACUGUAACUAUAAUUUUGACCAUCCCAAUGCCUUCGAUUUUGAUUUACUAUUGGAAAAUUUAAAAGAUUUAAAAGAAGGAAAAAGAGUUGAGGUCCCGAUCUAUGAUUUCGUGACACAUUCUCGACUUCAUCAAGCAAAUACUUUGUAUGGUGCAAACGUCAUUAUAUUUGAAGGUAUUUUUGCACUCUAUGAUCGUAGAAUUACCGAUCUGAUGGAUUUGAAGAUUUUUGUGGAUACUGAUUCUGAUAUUCGGCUUGUCCGUCGAUUGAAACGGGACAUUGAGCAACGUGGACGUGAUAUAGGCGGUGUUUUACAGCAAUAUCUUAAUUUCGUCAAGCCUGCUUUCGAUCAGUAUAUACAACCUACCGUUAAGAACGCUGAUGUAAUAAUUCCUCGUGGUCUUGAUAAUUUAGUAGCAAUUGACUUAAUUACUAAACAUAUUCAACGACAACUUAAUGAAUGUCGUUAUAAUUUUCGAUGGGAACUCUCGAAAAAAAUAGAUAGUGACGAAGAAUUGCCAAAAAGUAUAAUAGUGCUCGAUCAGACACCUCAAUUGAAAGGCAUACAUACAAUUAUGCGCGAUCGCGAUACACAACGUGAUGACUUCAUAUUUUAUUCUGAACGCCUUGCAACCUUAGUUAUUGAGCGUGGUUUAGCAGAAGUUACUUUCAAAGAACAUCAAGUCAUAACUUCGCUUGAUUUACCAUACAUGGGCAAAAGAUCUGGUCUACGAAGAGUUGCUAAGGACGCUCUUAUCGGUAAAAUUUUGAUUCAAACCGACCCGACUACGGGUGAACCAUUGCUUCAUUUCGCUAAACUUCCGAACAAUAUACACGAUUGUUAUGUCCUUCUUAUGGAUGCUCAAAUUGCAACUGGUGCAGCAGCAUUGAUGGCCAUUCGUAUUCUAUUAGAUCAUAAUGUGCCCGAGGAUCGAAUUAUUUUCCUGACACUUCUCGCAACUCGCUUGGGACUUCAUGUAAUUUCUAAUGCGUUCCCAUCGGUCAAAGUCUGUACUUCAAUGAUCGACCCGAAAAUAAACGAAGAGACCUUAUUUAUUGAACCUGGAGUUGGCAAUUUUGGUG